AUGGUACAGUGGCUCAGAAGGACGUACAACCUUAUACAACGUCAAAGAAAUAUGUCUAGUAAGCAGGCAGUAUCUCAGCCACAUUGGAACAAGCCGACCAACGAGCAGCGUAGUGGAACUGUGUCUCAUUCGCCUAAGUUGAAAGUUUACAAUUCACUUACUAGGAAUAAGAAUGAAUUUAUACCUAUUAGGGAGGGACAUAUAACUUGGUACUGCUGUGGUCCAACAGUUUAUGAUUACUCACAUAUGGGACAUGCCAGGAACUAUGUUUCGACAGAUAUCUGUAGAAGAAUUCUCCAGGACUAUUUUGGUUAUAAUAUCACAUUUAUUCAAAAUGUUACUGAUAUAGAUGACAAAAUUAUUAUAGCAGCUCGUCAGGAGUAUUUGUUUGAGCAAAAGUUAGCUGAAAUACCUUCCGUGGACCCUACGUUAAUCGACCAAUCGAAGACUUUUUUAAUAAGCUACGUUGAAAAGAAUUUACCUGAAUUUAAUGGAAGUUUGGAGCAGGAUUUCACUUCGUGGGCUAAUAAUGCUGAUGUUGCUGAGAUUUCUAAGGAUAAACCAAAGUUUCCUAUGUACCUCAAAGCAGCAUCAAGGGCACAUGAAGCUAUAUUUAUCUCUAAGGACAAGAUUUCUAUAGAAGAUUUCUUAUCUGCUAUCAAAGAAGUGGCCAUGCCAUACUUGGAUAAGGAAUUUGGCGCUAGUGUCAAUGAUCCUUCAAUCUUCAAAAAGCUUCCGUUAUUUUGGGAGAAAAAGUUUAACGAAGAUAUGGCAAGACUAAAUGUGAUGCCAUCGACUGUCACCACUAGAGUUUCAGAGUAUAUCCCAGAUAUAAUCAAGUUCGUUCAAAGAAUCAUCGAAAAUGGAUUUGCUUACGUUUCAAAAGAUGGGUCAGUUUACUUUGAUACUGCAAAAUUUGAAAGCAAUCCCAAACAUGAUUAUGCAAAAUUGCAACCAUGGAAUAAAGGCGACUUAUCGUUAAUUAAUGAUGGCGAGGGCUCUUUGACAACUGGUCAAGAUAGAAAGAAAAAUCCGGCUGAUUUUGCUUUGUGGAAGUCUUCUAAACCUGGCGAGCCAUCGUGGUCAUCUGAAUGGGGUGAAGGUAGACCUGGAUGGCACAUUGAAUGUUCUGUAAUGGCUUCAGAUUUUACAGGAGAGACAAUGGAUAUUCAUUCUGGUGGAAUAGAUUUAUGUUUUCCUCAUCAUGAUAAUGAACUAGCCCAAUCAGAGGCCUGUUUCGACAAUAAACAAUGGGUGAACUAUUUCAUGCAUAAUGGACAUCUACAUAUCCAGGGUCAAAAAAUGUCUAAAUCUUUAAAAAACUUCAUCACAAUUGAAGAAGCCUUGAAAUCUUAUUCAUCAAGGCAAUUACGGUUGGUUUUCGCCAUAAGCCCAUGGGAAAAACCUCUCGAUUUUAAGGAUACUCUAAUCAAAGAAGUUAAGUCAAUCGAGUCGACAUUAUCCAAAUUUUUCACCACGCUUCGUGCUUUGAACCUUGACUAUAAGAAUGCAGUUGAAAGUGGCGAAUAUAUAUCUAGAAGGUGCAAUGAACCCGAAAAACAGUUGUAUAGUGAUCUCUGCAGGGCGCAAGAUGAUGUUUAUGCAGCAUUUUGUGAUAAUUUAGCAUCUGGUCAAGCAUUGAGGGUCAUUACUGACUUGGUUUCGAAGGCAAACAACUACAUUCAAAGCCAUUCAGGUACUGAUGCCUUAAGAAUCGAGGUUUUGCUUCUGGUCACUCGCUGGAUAACCAAGAUAUUGAAUAUUUUAGGUUUUCCUGCAAGAGACGACAACUUGGGCUGGAGGGAUCCGAAAGAGGGGCUCGACGAUAUCUCCAGCUCUUCCAAAGAAGAUAUAUUGCUACCUUACGUCAAGAUCUUAUCGAAAUUUCGUGAUGAAAUUCGUAAUUUGGCGAUAUCCAAAACCAACUCUCUGGGUGAAUAUUUAAGUGCCACUGAUUCGAUCAGAUCAGACUUGAUUCAUUUGGGAAUUUCUUUAGAUGAUCGUCCAAAUGGAGAAGCUUUAAUCAAGUUUUUGAAUAAACUGGAGCAACAAGAAUUAAUUGACCAACAAGCUGCUAAGGAACAUGCCCUUCUCGAGAAGCAAAGAAAAAAGCAGGAAUUGGCUGCAGCCAAUGCCAAAAAGGAAGAGGAAAGACUCGCAAAGAUGAAAGUUGAUCCUAAGGUAAUGUUCAAAGACCCUAAACUCUAUUCUGAGUGGGACGAAGCUGGUCUCCCGACAAAAGACGUGGACGGAGUAGAAAUUACCAAAAGUAUGAAAAAGAAGUUAACAAAGCAAUAUCAACAACAAGAAAAGCUCUUCCAUGAGUUCUUGAAGUCGCAAUCGAGCUAA